UUUCACUGGUACGCGUGUUUUGUCAACUGACUGAUAGGAUUUAUUCCUUCACAACGGUUCAUUUUAAUUUCAGCAAAAUGAAGCACAACUCAAAUGUCCCCGCAUUUCUCACCAAGCUUUGGACUCUCGUCGAGGAUUCGGAUACCAAUGAAUUUAUUUGCUGGAGUCAGGAAGGGAACAGUUUUCUUGUAUUGGAUGAACAAAGGUUUGCAAAAGAGAUUCUUCCCAAGUUUUUCAAGCACAACAACAUGGCCAGCUUUGUUCGACAGCUCAACAUGUAUGGUUUUCGCAAGGUGAUGCACAUUGAUAUAGGCAUAGUGAAGCAAGAACGAGAUGGACCUGUUGAAUUCCAGCAUCCGUACUUCAAACAUGGGCAAGAUGACCUGCUAGAGAACAUCAAGAGAAAGGUAUCCAAUGCACGACCUGAAGAAGGUAAAAUAAGACAAGAGGAUCUCUCUAAAAUUCUCACAACUGUUCAGGACGUCCAUGAGCAGCAAGAAAACAUGGAUGCUAGACUUGCUGCCCUGAAAAGAGAGAAUGAAGCUCUUUGGACCGAGCUUUCAGACCUCAGGCAGAAACACAACCAACAACAGCAAGUCAUAAAGGAGCUGGUGCAGUUCAUUUUCACGUUGGUUCAGAACAACCGUAUGUUAAAUUUGAAACGCAAAAGGCCGCUUGCUCUGAACAGUAACGGAAAGAAGUCAAAAUUCAUCCACCAGAUCUUUGACGAACCCAUAGACCACAGUCAAUCUGCAGUGAAUGGACUAAAAAACAAUUCCGACAUUUCCGAUGAUGUCAUCAUCUGUGAUGUCACUGACGAAGAUCCAGAAGUUACAGAUGCUAUAUCUGUACCGAUUGAUCAAGGAGAUGCUGAAAUCGUGGAAGUCAGUUAUGAAAGCAGCUCAACCACAAAAAACGAAAGCGUAAACGGCAAUGUAACAAAUUUAACCACUCAACAAGAACCAGUACCUAAAAUCACCUCUGACUAUUCACCAAUCAGUAGUGCCCUGCAAUUAAACAAACCUUCAGGUCUGAGUUUAGAGGAUCCAGUCAAGCUGAUGGACUCCAUUCUCAGUGAGAAUGGAGCCAUUUCACAAAACAUCAACCUUCUUGGCAAGGUUGAGCUGAUGGACUAUCUGGACAGUAUCGACUGCAGUCUGGAAGACUUUCAGGCCAUGCUCUACGGAAAACAGUUCAGCAUUGACCCAGAUAUUGCAGCGGAAACUGUGGUGGAAACAAAAGAUGAGAUUAACAAAGGAAAGUCUGAGCCUGAUUACGCAGAUAAGCAGCUAAUCCAGUACACCACAUGCCCUCUUCUGGCCUUCCUGGAUGGAUGCACCCCUCUCGCCCCACCCACAGAUUCCCCAGCUGAAAACCUGAGCCAGCUGGAAGAACCAGCAGAUCUGUUGGACAAGGCCCUGGAGACUGAGACAGAGACCCCACGAAGCUCGCUGAUCAAGCUGGAACCCCUCACAGAAGCAGAGGCGAGCGAGGCCACGCUGUUCUACUUGUGCGAACUGAACUCUGACCUGCCCAGUGCCGAUACGCCAGAGCUGGAUAUCUAAAAGGGAAACAGCCUGCAAAACAGGGACUAGACCUUUGAUUUUCUUGUAGAUAUUCAUCAAAAUGAUGAUUUAUUUAUUUGCCAGAAUGUUUUUGAUACCAUCUGUCCAUGAGUUUGACAUUCCUUCUUGUUACACAUACUUCUUGUUACAGUGUUCACUAGUUAGUGUACAUUUCAUCAUCUCUAGCUGGAGAUCAGGCUGCAGGUAUGUUGCUGGUUUACAUUGCAGCUGUUUUGUGAAACAUGUAUUCUUUUUUUAUAUUAUUGACAAGUUCAGUGAAGAUCAAAGAUUGUUGUGGGAGUCACAGCUAUUCUUCAUGUAUAUGGUAUUGAAGUGCCUGCCUGAUGUCCAAAUCUCACUCUAAAUAGCCGUGAAGAAUUUUGCUUAUGGUUAGCUCCAUAAUGUUGGGCGUUAUACAUUAAAUUGUUGUUAAUGUGAGCUUUUCAUCAUUAUAUUGAGCUUGGCUGUAGCAUUAAAGGAACUUAAACAUG